UUUCCUGUUUGAAAGCCGGAUAUCCGGUUCCGGUGACCGCCAUGUCCGGGGGGGAGCCGCCGCUCCUGCGGCUGCUGGGUCUCCAUGGCUACGGCCAGAACCAGCGCAGCUUCCACGCGCGGACCGGGGCGCUGCGCAAAGCGCUGCGGGGCCGCGCGGAGCUGGUGACCGUGAGCGCGCCCCACCCGGCGGGGCCCGAGCCCGGGGGCGCGGCGGGGCCCGGGGACCGGCUCGCCGGCUGCGGGGUUCCCGGGCCGGGCGGCCCCGGCGCCCGCUGCUCCCCGUCCCCGCAGGACGCCGAUCCCCGCUGCUGGUGGUUCCCCAGGCCUCGGGAGGGGGCGCUCGGGGCCCGGGAGGAAGCCGCCCCCUGCCAGGGGCUGGAGGAGUCCCUGGAGGCGGUGGCCGGGGCCUUCGCGGCCCACGGGCCCUUCGACGGGCUGCUGGGCUUCAGCCAGGGCGCGGCUCUGGUGGCCCGCGUGUGCGCCCUGCAGCAGCGCGGGGACGCGCGGUUCCCGUUCCAGUUCGCCGUUCUGGUCGCCGGCUUCGAGAGCAGCUGCGACCAGGAGCCCAUCGCCGUGCCCUCGCUCCACGUCCUGGGCGACGCGGACCGGGUCAUCCCCCCAGCGCGGAGCAGAGAGCUGGCUGCCCGCUUCGUUGAUCCCGCAGUCCUUACCCAUCCAGGGGGACACUUCGUUCCUGCCUCUGCGCCCCAGAAGAGAGCCUAUCUUGAGUUCCUGGCGAAGUUUUUGAAAUAGAAGAGGCGGGACCUGCCCUUGGGCGUGGAGGGAGGAGAGUAAAGGAGUUCUGUUUACUUAGAUGACCCAAGAGAAAGUUGAGAUGAUGCGAUCAGUCCACCAGUAGCUACUGGGGGAGAAGAUUUCUGAUUAGCAGAGGGCUCUUUAAUCUAGCAGGUAAACUAUAAUAAGAUCCAGUAAUUAGAAGCUGAAGCCAGACAAAUGAACUAUAGAAAUAAGGCACAUUUUUAACACAGAAACAACCAAUGGGCCAUUUUACCUCGGGUUGUGGCAGAUUCUCUGGCACAUGGAAUCUAAAUCAAUACUAGAUGGCUUUAUAAAUGAUACUCUUGAAGUUACGAGUUUGAUGCGGGAAUCACUGGUUGAAAUUCAGUGUUUUGCGUUAUGCUGGAGGACAAACUAAAUGGUCAGACUAUUUCUGGUGUUAAAAAUCUACAACUCUUAUCAUGGGUCUUAUAGCACAGAAGAUGUGAGGACAGGUGGAGUUCGGUCACAGGAGAUGCAUAUUUGGUGAUAUAAUCUAUAAUAAAUGGAACUCCAGUUGA